AUAAUUACAUUAAUUUGGCUUUUUAUCAAGAUCUUUGGUUUACAGGGUUGAAGUCAUCAUUUAAUGACAUGACCUAGCAAAAGACAGAUCUUGAAAUAGGUUAGGUAUGUAUGAAUGGAGUCUUGUCCAGUUGUCCCAAGGAUGUCCAAGUUUGACAUGGGUUCAGGAGGUCACUGGGUUCACGGAUAAGAAUACUCACAGAGUCAUGUAUCAUAGAGUAAAACCAGAAAUACUGUCUUCAUAUGUUUCAAAGUUAAAAGUUACUUUUUGAUAUUCUUUGUUUAAUUAUCUAGAGUUUGUGUGAAGUGAUAUAUUUAUAUAUCUAUAUAUAUGUAUUCAAUUAUGAGUUUAUUAUGCAUUUGUAAGUUUGGUAUAGAACUUCUGAAUCUUAAAGAUAUAUCUUAUGUAAGAAUUAGGCAUUUAACAGAAGGUCAACCCACUGGUUUUAGUAGAAAACAGCUAUAUGUUGCUGUCAAUCAAAUCAGCUAGGUCAUCUCAAGGAGAUGCAGAUAUGGGGAUGAAGUUGUACAUUCUAUUUCUAAAGUUGAACAUGACAGAGUUAUGGGUGGAGUUGUGAGUUCGCUUUGGUUUAAACCAUAUUAAGCAUCCUUUUGAGAAAAGGCGUUACCAUGUAUUUAGCUGACAUAUGGGUUUUUAUAGUAUAAAGAGAGAGUUUAAACUGACAUAGGACACACUUACACACUCACCCACCAUUCGCAACACAUACGCUUCAAAAGGACAGCAAGGACACUUUGUUUACUUAAGGCCUACACUCAAGCUUACCUCACAAACAGCUGUUCGAAGCUGACACUUCUCACACCACUGAAGCUAGACGAAGGAACUUUUACUAUGCUAUUCUUUAAGCUUAUACCUAACUAAUCUUCUGUUAUUACUACAACAAGCUGUAUGAAGAUUUGAACUUUGUAUGUAUUUACAAGUUGAUGCCAAGUGAGAUGCUAAUAAAACUCAUACUUUGAGUAAGCCCGGCUAUUUGAACUUUUGAAAGAAACGUCCUGCGAAAGAAGCUGUUGACAUAACACGUGUCUAAUUUAACUCUUCUUCAAUGGCGAGCCAGCUCAUUAAUCGGUUUUCCUAACACCUUGCCACAAGAGGGGGAAGAGACCCAUUCAUGAGUUCUCAAGUCGCAGGAAAACUCCGAUUAUAGAAUCUAGAAAGGACGUUUGCUCUUCAUCCUACAAGGACAAAAGAUUCAAGGAACCAAGCCGGCUAAGACGUGAGAUCCCACGACUUACGAUAUGGCAUCUGAUAACCAAACAUGGAGGAACACAAAACUCCAAGAAGAAAUAAAAGAAAAUUGGAAAGCAAGAAAAUACACAAAAAGGAGAAAAUUCAUUAUCUCAGGACUCCUUUUUCCAUUAAUGACAUUUUUCUUCAUAAAAACUUACUUGACUUUUUCCAGUUCAGCAGAAGAUAACAAGACUGAGACCCUGCAUAAAAGAGACUUGCAGCUAUCCAGAAAUAAGAGACACUUUCCAAGAUACAGUGACUUUGACACAAGCAAUGACAUAUAUGGAUACGCUUGCAUAGGAUAUGGGGUUACUUGUUGCAUGAGUUUUUACUUUUUCCAUAGCAACACCAUUGAAAUUCACGCCAGAAUAGAAUCCAAGACAAAGUUCACAAAAAUGCAAGGAUCAUAUGUACAUAGUAAUACAACUGGUACAUAUGAGUGUAAUCUAACAGAUAUGGGAUUCUGGGUUAUAGUUAUAAAAGGAAAUGAGACUACAGCUUGGACUGGGGAUGUAACUAAUGUUAAGGUACAUACUCCUUCUGUGGGAGGAUCCAAAACUGAUAUUUGGUUUCAAACACAAUAUUAUUUACAGUUUGUAGAUCCUGAACAUUUACAAAUUACAGGAGAUGAAAAAGGAGAUGUAACUCGAGUAUGGGAUUUUCAAAUGACAAGAAGUUUAGCUCUAGUCAAAGUGAAGGUGAUGAUUACUGUUGUGGAUUUAAUUAUUCCAGACAUAAAAGUAUCGCCACAAUCUCUUAAAAUAGAAGAAGGAAAGGAUAAUUUAACUUUGAUGUGUACUACGCAAAUAGAAUUACCUCAGAAUUCACUAUUAACCUGGAAGAGAAAUAGUGAGUUGUUGGGCAGUCUUUUCUAUAGCUCAGCUAGCAUAAUACGUAAGGGCAAUUUUGGUAAUUUAGAUUGGAAGAAUAAUAGUUUGAUUUUUCAUCACACUAAUCCAAAUCUAAAUGACUCAGGUAUAUAUGAGUGUUGCCUAUCAUUGGAAAAUUAUCCUAUGAAAUGUGAUAUUGCAAAUGUUGCAGUUUUAUCCCCUGAAAAAACGAAAUGUACUAACGGAAAAUUUAUUCCCGCCAGUCCUUUUCAAAUUAAUAAUUUCCAAUCCAGACAUCUUUUAAGAGAAGGACGCUUUGUGAUUAUACUUUGGAAAUUUAACAUUUCUGAAUGGAAAAUUUCAUCAAGGUAUCCUCAGUGUCAAGAGUAUCUAGUUAAUAUGGAAUUGGGUAUUGAUAAAUGGUUUGGAACUAAUAGUAAAAACAACAGCAGGAAUAAACGAGGUAUUGCAGAAGGAAUCCUCGGAGGAAUUGGAAUUGUUGGAAGUAUUACCAAUAGUAUGGAUAUUACUACAUUAAAAUCUGAUCUAGAAACAUCAGGUUUAGUGGGAAGUAAAAGUAUCAAAGUUCAGAGAAAUUUAAAUCAAAUAUUAGAAAAUAUGGUAAUGAAGACAGCAACGGUUAUAGGUCCAUCUAUUAUCCAUUUACAAAAUAUUACUUUGGAUUUAAUGAAAAGUGAACAACAUUCUCACAUAGCCAGAACGUGUCUAGAGAUACAGACAGAGUAUUCCAUCAAUUUUAAAAUAACAGCUCAAGCAUUCCAAAGUGGAAUAACUCCUUUAGGAGUUUUACAAAGUUUACCUAAUGAGUAUGUAUUUGCAAAGAAUCAUACAGAUUUAUGGGUAAAUAAAUGGGUAGGAUGUAAUCAACAUGAAUGCUUUAGUACCUCAAUGAUUCCUAUAGCUGGGAAAGAACAAAUGUUGGUUCCAAUUACAGUCUUAGGAUUGCCAGUAAGUGAUACUCAAUUGUUAUAUUAUCAAUUGCAGUAUACAGAUUUUGCUUUGGAUAGUAAUUUUUCAGAACCAGAACAACUUGACCUAUCUUCAUGUUUACAUUUUCAAUCUAAAAUAAUCUGUUUGCCUAAGCAGGACAAAGGAAUUUUUCAUUCUUGUUUCCAUAAUCAUUCGUUAUGUACGGCUAGAAUUGAAAGAGUAAAAACAGCUUUUGACUUAGUUACUUCUGUAGGUAAAAAGAAGGUUUGUUUUCAAGUUAUGACUAGCACUGAAACAGUUAAAGCUUUUUUCCUAUCCUGUACACAAACAGAAAUCCUGAAACGAGGAUUAUAUUGUAUAGACGGAGACCUUACAGGAAUCAGUAUAAAUGGAAUUAGAGUCAAUUUGACUAAUAUUCUUAUGAGAGAUGUGGGUGCUCUUCCUGUACAAUAUAAUAUAUCUCAAGUAGAUGAAUUCCCAUGGAAAGAAUGGGCAGACAUCAUACAAAAGGAUAAUGGCUUACUAAUUGCUUUAUCUGAAGAACUUCAUAAAGCAGAUAUAGUAUUUAAGCAUGAGCAAGGAAAGUUAAAAGUAAUAGAACAUGAAUGGUCAGCGUUAUCAUCAAAUUCUUUCUGGGCGAAUUUUAAGAAAACUAUAUCAGUUUGGGGAAACACUUCAGUAGCUACUGCAGCAGGAAAUAUAUUAUUGCAUCCAAUGGUUAUUAUUUUUAUUAUUAUGGUGUUAUGCAUAUUAUUUCAAAUCUGUAUUAUGAUUAAGAUGAAACGAUUUUACAAAUUACUUAAGAAAGAAAUGAAAAAAGGUGAAGAAAUCAUGACAAGUAUUCUUACUCGGAGAAUCACAUCUGGCUUAACUGAUCCGAUGGUAAGCUGUGGUACAUCUGGAGCAACUGAUUCAAGAUGUGUGUGAAAGGGCCAUAAAUGAAGUGUGCGUGAUUUAGGUAAUAUAAUAAAUUAUAUUCAGGGGGAAUUGUAGAAUAAUUACAUUAAUUUGGCUUUUUAUCAAGAUCUUUGGUUUACAGGGUUGAAGUCAUCAUUUAAUGACAUGACCUAGCAAAAGACAGAUCUUGAAAUAGGUUAGGUAUGUAUGAAUGGAGUCUUGUCCAGUUGUCCCAAGGAUGUCCAAGUUUGACAUGGGUUCAGGAGGUCACUGGGUUCACGGAUAAGAAUACUCACAGAGUCAUGUAUCAUAGAGUAAAACCAGAAAUACUGUCUUCAUAUGUUUCAAAGUUAAAAGUUACUUUUUGAUAUUCUUUGUUUAAUUAUCUAGAGUUUGUGUGAAGUGAUAUAUUUAUAUAUCUAUAUAUAUGUAUUCAAUUAUGAGUUUAUUAUGCAUUUGUAAGUUUGGUAUAGAACUUCUGAAUCUUAAAGAUAUAUCUUAUGUAAGAAUUAGGCAUUUAACAGAAGGUCAACCCACUGGUUUUAGUAGAAAACAGCUAUAUGUUGCUGUCAAUCAAAUCAGCUAGGUCAUCUCAAGGAGAUGCAGAUAUGGGGAUGAAGUUGUACAUUCUAUUUCUAAAGUUGAACAUGACAGAGUUAUGGGUGGAGUUGUGAGUUCGCUUUGGUUUAAACCAUAUUAAGCAUCCUUUUGAGAAAAGGCGUUACCAUGUAUUUAGCUGACAUAUGGGUUUUUAUAGUAUAAAGAGAGAGUUUAAACUGACAUAGGACACACUUACACACUCACCCACCAUUCGCAACACAUACGCUUCAAAAGGACAGCAAGGACACUUUGUUUACUUAAGGCCUACACUCAAGCUUACCUCACAAACAGCUGUUCGAAGCUGACACUUCUCACACCACUGAAGCUAGACGAAGGAACUUUUACUAUGCUAUUCUUUAAGCUUAUACCUAACUAAUCUUCUGUUAUUACUACAACAAGCUGUAUGAAGAUUUGAACUUUGUAUGUAUUUACAAGUUGAUGCCAAGUGAGAUGCUAAUAAAACUCAUACUUUGAGUAA